CUCGGCCCGACGAGGCGGCGUGGGCAGAGCGUCGCCUGAGCCGGUCCUCCAGAGGAGGUGAGGUGACGGGGGCGACCGGAAGUAGCGGGCGGAGAAACGGAAGUGCCGGUUGCCAUGGUGGCCGCAUGGGCCUAGGCCAGGCCUGGCACCGCCGGGUGGUUUAAUCUGCCGUCGAGAUGACUCAGGCGGAAAUAAAGCUGUGUUCCCUCCUGCUGCAAGAACAUUUUGGGGAGAUCGUGGAGAAGAUAGGGACUUAUCUUAUCAGGACGGGGCCCCAGCCGCUGCGGAUGAUCGUCAAUGACACGGGGCUGGUGCUGGAUCAGGUUAAGAAAGCCCUUUGCGUCCUCAUCCAACACAACCUGGUGACGUACCAGCUGCAGAAGCGAGGUUUCGUGGAGUACGAGGCCCAGUGCAAGCGGGUCCUGAGGAUCCUCCGCUACCCGCGUUACAUCUACACCGCCAAGACCCUCUACAAUGACACGGGCGAGCUCAUCGUGGAGGAGCUGCUCCUCAACGGCAAGAUGACGAUGAGCGCGGUGGUGAGGAAGGUGGCGGACAGGCUGACCGAGACCAUGGAAGACGGGAAGACCAUGGAUUACGCCGACGUCUCCAACACGUUUGUGCGCCUGGCGGACACCCACUUUGUGCAGAGGUGCCCGCUGGUCCCCGAAACCCCCGAGAGCCCCGAUGCGCCGCCUCCCCCUGCGCCCACGUUGGUGAUCAACGAGAAGGACAUGUACGUCGUGCCCAGGCUGAACCUCGUAGGGAAAGGGAAGCGGAGACGAUCGUGCGACGAGGAAGAGGAGGGUGAACCCAAGGCUAAAAAGCAGAAGCAAGAUGGAGAAAGCUCGGAGCCUCCACCCGACGAUGGCAUUUACUGGCAAGUCAACAUCGACCGGUUCCACCAGCAUUUUCGAGACCAGGGGAUCGUCAGUGCCGUGGCCAACCGCAUGGAUCAGACCAGCAGCGAAAUAGUGCGGACGAUGCUGCGGAUGAGCGAAGUCACCACGUCCUCCAGCGCGCCCUACACCCAGCCGCUCUCUUCCAACGAGAUAUUCAGAUCUCUUCCAGCUGGAUACAACAUUGUGAAGCAAGUUUUAGACCAGUAUCUCACCUUGUUAGCAGACGACCCGCUCGAGUUCGUGGGUAAAUCCGGCGACAGCGGCGGGGGCAUGUACACCGUCAAUCUUCACAAGGCCCUGGCGUCGCUGGCAACGGCAACGCUGGAGUCCAUCGUGGAGGAGAGAUUUGGUUCCCGCUGCGCCAGGAUAUUCCGCUUGCUCCUGCGAAAGAAGCAUUUGGAGCAGAAGCAAGUGGAGGAUUUUGCCAUGAUCCCGGCCAAGGAAGCCAAGGACAUGCUCUACAAAAUGCUCUCAGAGAAUUUCGUCUCCCUGCAGGAGAUCCCCAAGACUCCCGACCACGCGCCAUCCCGCACCUUCUACCUGUACACGGUGAACGUCCCGUCCUCUGCGCGGAUGCUCCUGCACAGGUGCUACAAGAGCGUGGCCAACCUGAUGGAACGGCGCCAGUACGAGACCAAGGAGAACAAGAGGCUGCUGGAGAAGUCGCAGCGGGUGGAAGCCAUCCUGGCGUCCAUGCAGGCCACUGGUGCCGAGGAGGCGCAGCUGCAGGAGAUCGAGGAGAUGAUCACGGCCCCCGAGCGCCAGCAGCUGGAGAACCUCAAACGCAACGUCAACAAGAUCGACGCCAGUGAGAACCAGGUGGACGAGACCAUCUUUGUGCUGGAGUCCUUCAUUGAGAGCACCGUGAAGAAGCCCUGAGGGUGGGGGACGGGGACGGGUACAGGCUGCACCCGCCCGCGGCGCUGGCGCUAUUGAGGCC